AUGUCUGAGACCAUGUCAUCUCAGAGGAAGCCUUCGGUUAACAAGAACAUAAAGAAGCUGCGUACACUGAGCGUGGUGUGCAACCUGGCACGGAGCUGGCAACAGUGGAUAUGUGAGAACGAAGAAAAGCAGGCUAGUGAACCCACAGGGUGGGCCCCAGACAGUAUUGACAGAGACAAAGCUGAAAAGCAGGAGCCAAAGAAACCUGUAUUUAUUGGGAAGAAGACAAAAAAAUCUCAAGACAACGAGAGUGGACCAGAGGAUUCCCGCAUUAAGACCAAACAGGUGGUGAAAACAGUGACACGAGAUGUCCAGGAGAAGUGUGCAGGCAUUGAGUUCCUGACCAACCGCAUUUGUAAAGACCCAGAGGCUGAAGAGCUGGACAGGAUUCUGAAAAAGAGUUCACCCACCCUGCGCAGGAAAUGCUCCAACAUGGUGUCAGAUCUGAAACAGAGCUGGAAGGUAGUAGAAAAUGAACGGAAGAGGGCGGGGGAAUCCAGUGAGGGCAGCGGGAUCUCAGAGGCCAAGGAGCGAGUUCUGGAGCGGGAUAUUUCUGAGAGCCAGGAAAAUGCGGAAGAGAAUGAUACAGACCCGUCAUCCAUCAGGAUCAAGAGACCAUCAUCACUUGGGGCCAAGAAGGAAGUAGAGGAUGCCAAUAAAAUUAACGCCCUCUCAGGCAAGUACAGCGCCGUGGGGAGCCUCAAGAGCCGCUGGCAAAGCUGGGCAUCAGAGCACAGCACCAGCCAAAAACUCAACCCCUUUAGCGAUGAAUUCGAUUACGAGUACUCCAUGUCCUUGCGUCUGCGGAAGGGAGAGGAAGGCUACGGCAGGCCCAAGGAGGGGAGCAAGACGGCAGAGAGAGCCAAACGGGCUGAGGCGCACAUCCAUCGAGAGAUUGAACACAUGUGCUUUAUCAUCAGGACCAUGUCUGACCCUGACCUGGACGGUUGCACCCGGAUAACCUUCGGUGAGCUGUUUGACAGAUAUGUGAGGAUUUCAGACAAGGUAGUGGGCAUCCUGAUGAGAGCCAGGAAACACGGCAAGGUGCACUUCGAAGGAGAGAUGCUGUGGCAGGGUCGGGAUGAUGAAGUUAUCAUUACACUGCUUGUGUGACACAAAUAUGACGCCAUUUUGUAACAUAAUGCACUCUGACAAAAAAAAAGAAAAGAAAAGAAGAAGCCUUGACUUUGCUGCUGUAGGGAAAGGGAAGUAGAUAAUAGUGGUAGAGGGUGGCACUGAUGUUAUUGGUAAAUUAUUUGUAUUUUAUUGAUGGAAUUUUAGU